AUGUUCGACACAAUCAACACGCUCUACCCAGACUACUGUACCACAACCAAGCUCGACGAACUGAGGGCAAACGAAUACUCUUACCUUGACCAGCAGGACCAUAUAUACUUGGACUACACCGGUUCAGGCCUGGCUGCCAACUCCCAGCAUCGCCAUCAUCAAGAACGCCUGACCAAGAACGUCUACGGCAACCCACACUCCACAAAUCCUACCAGUCUGGCCGCCAGCGAGGCCAUCAACCAAACCCGAGACCGUAUUCUCUCCUACUUCAACGCCCCUGCGUCUGAGUACGCCGUUGUCUUUACACCCAAUGCUACCGGCGCGGCCCGUCUUGUUGCUGAGGCCUAUCCCUUCCGGCCCCGCUCCCGGUUCGUGCUGACGGAGGACAAUCAUAACUCCGUCCAGGGCAUCCGUGAGUUCGCCCGGGCAGGCGGCGCCAAAACUGUUUACAUUCCUCUGCAAAAGUCGGACCUCCGCAUUGACGAUAAAGAUGUCAUCGCUGCCCUAACGCCCAAGACCAGCAGGCGCAGGUUCAUGACCUGGUGCUCGCAGGAUCGGAGGACCACUGCCGAGCCCAACGGACUGUUCGCUUAUCCGGCACAGAGCAACUUUUCUGGGGUGCAACAUCCUUUGUCAUGGAUUGAUGUCGCCCAGAAGCGUGGCUAUCAUGUCCUACUCGAUGCCGCGGCCUACCUGCCCACUUCACAGCUGGACCUUUCCCAGGUGAAGCCCGAUUAUAUUUUGGUCAGCUGGUAUAAACUCUUUGGGUAUCCCACCGGACUUGGCUGCCUCAUCGCCAGGCGAGAUGCCCUCGAGUACCUCCGACCACGCCGACCCUGGUUCUCUGGGGGAACCGUCCAGGUUGUGCUGGUGUCCCAUCCUUGGCAUCUCACGGCCUCUCGGAUCGAAGAAGUGUUUGAGGAUGGGACACUCAACUUCCUUUCAAUCCCAGACAUCCACUUUGGACUCGACUGGAUCUCUCAAAUCGGCAUCCCUGUUAUCUCUACCCGGGUACGGUGCCUGACAGGCUGGUUCCUGACCCGUUUGCUCUCCUUAAGACACAGCAACGGCAUGCCCAUGGCGCGAGUCUACGGACCCACGGACAUGACAAUGCGUGGAGGGACAGUAGCCUUCAACCUGAUCGAUAUAUCUGGCCGUUUGGUGGAUGAACGGCUUGUGGAGAUGGAGGCGACGGUAGCGAAGAUAUCCCUUCGCACAGGGUGCUUCUGUAAUCCGGGAGUUGGCGAAAAGAUCACCGAGGGCGACUUCAAGCAUGGCCUGAAUAAGAUUUCCAGCAAACGGCGUUCUUGGAGUUCAGAAGAGAUGAAGAAGUUAACUGGUGCAACCACACUUGGGGCGGCCAGGGUCUCGUUCGGCUUGGCCUCCAAUGUGGAUGAUGUUAACAAGUUCAUUUCCUUUCUCGAAAAAGUUUUCAAGGACCGGGAAACCAGCGGUAUUGAGCUUGAGCCCAGAAACAGAUGUUGA